UCUCUUCAAUGCUUGCGUUGCUCUUGCUUGAGUAAGUUCGUGCAGUGGACCUUUGCCUUUAAGCGUUCGUUUGCGUCUAGUGAGUGGCUCACAACUCAAAUCAAAUGUAUUACAACAAUUUUAUUAUGCCAUUGUUUGCGUUGAUGUGAAGUAAACGGUACUAAAUCUGCAUGGUUGUGUGCGCAAACAAACGUGGUCGUGACACGGUUUGCUAACGUUAGCUGUUCACUGAGCAACUUGCUACUAACCAGUAAGCGCAAGCUGUUGGGAAAUGGGGAAAAAUCGCAAGAAUGGAAUGAGAGCAGCUCAACCUCAAGGACCUGGACCACAACAAGGCAUGCGGCCCCCAGCGCCUCCUCAACCCAGACCUCGCGGUCCUGCUCCCGUUUUCCGGAUGGGCCCCCCUGGACAGAGGUUUCCUGCGCCCCAUCGCGACUUCGGACCGCAGCCCCCCAGAAUGAUGAUGAUGGACGACAUGGAAGGAGAUCGAGGGUUUAUGCACGAAGCGCCGGGAUUCAUGAUGCACGAUGGGCCUUAUCACCCGAUGGAUUUUCCAGACAGACAUGAAUUUCGCCCGCGUUUUGAUGGACCUGAUCCAGGUUUCCAUCAUCCAGAGUUUGGGAACAGACCACCAGCACCGCGCUUUUACCAUCCAGAGCUUGAAUAUGGACCGCGUUUCCGUUCUCCGGAGUUUUGUGACAGACCUCCAGACUUCUGUCCGCCUGAGUUUAGGGGAAGACCCGCGAGCUUCCACCCGGCUGAGUUUGAAGGUGGGCCAGGUUUCCACAGGAUGAACCCUGGAUUCGACCAAAUGGAGCAAUAUGGUUUACGAGACCCUCAUUACAUGCCACAGAUGGACCCACAUGGCAAUCAUGCGUUUGGAGAGAGAGGAGGGUUUGCUGGACCACUGGCACCUGAUUUCCUGGGCCCGGGUCCAGUACAGCUAGCACCCGAGGCAUUCAGUGCCACUUGUGGGCCUCCUCCUGCCUGUCCACUCCAACCUCCGCAGAAAAAAGAUCAGCUGGCUCUGAAAGAGACUAAGACUGAACCUGCUAAAUCGAUGGCUUCAAAGAUAUCAACGUUCAAGAAUAUCUCUGCAAACACACCUCGUGGGCGCUCAUUGGGAGUAAUUUCACUUAUUGCUAAUAAUUGUGGUUUCAUUGAACGGGAGGAUUUGAAGAAGUUUUCUUUUGUAUUUGAUGCUUUUAUUGGAAACCGGGCUCUCCUGGUGCCUGGGGUUAAAGUGCAUUUCACAGUAGUGAAAAACCUGGGAAAAGAAUGUGCGGUUGACGUGAAAGUAGCACCAGGAGGAACAGAAGACAUUGACAGUACGGUGUAUGAAGGUGUAGUUCUCACAGUCCUUCCUGAG